CUAGACAGCUCGGCUUCGCCUCGCCAUCUUUGAGAUUUGAGAAGCAUAUCAUAUAUGUGAUAUGUAAUUAAGUGAUGAUUCCACCAUUCAUGCUGGAAAAACUACAGUCAAAGUUGGACUGUCUAACUGUUUUGACUUGAAUGAAAAAUAGAAAAAUAUGUUUUCAAUAUCCUACUACAUGUAUAAAUUUUAUCUCGCAGGACCAUAACCUGCUAUAUCUUUAGAACACUGUAGCUUCUGUGGAUUUUUCUUGUGUAUGACAAAGCCUACAGCUUAAGAAGACCAGCGUGUGAUCAUUUUAUGAAAAGAACCUCCUUUGUUUUCUCAAUAGACGAUUAUAUCACUACAUAACAGGAUGUUCCUCUUUCAUCAAACAUUACAAACUUUUGCGUAUACAGUACAUGUAUAUAAUCUUAUGGACUUAAAUUCCAGUAAAUUCUAGCUGUCAAACUCGGGCAUUGAAAUUGUUUAAAGUAGUUUAAGACUCAAAAUUGAAAUAACUAUAUGUAUUAAUUUUAUGUUUAACUUAGCUUGUAUACCAGUAGUGACUUGUAGAGCUCUGUUUUAUUCCCAGGAUCUUAUUUAUAAGCAGUGGAUUUGACUGAAAAGUUGUACUUCAUUACUAUUUACUUGAAGUGCCUGAAACACCUUUCCUCAGCAUCAUAUGUCUGACUACAGUGAUGAUGAGGAGACCGAGGAGUCUGCGUCCCUUCUCCCCACGAAGGAACGGCCACACAGCCGCCUGACCACGAGGGCCACUUCUCCUUUUGUUAACUAUGUUUCCGUGCCUGUCACUCCAAGACAGACCCCCACAAAUCAAGUCCUGAGCAACGGUUAUGAACAAAUUGGCAAUGAUGAUACAGACACCAGUUCAAUACCUUCCACGGAAAGCAGUGCAGGGUUCUCAUUUUUUGCUUUGCCAAGGAAGCAGAAGGCUAUCUUGGCCAGUGUUUGCAUGGCUGAUUUCCUGUCUUAUCUCUGUUUGUCAUUGCUUGCACCUUUUUUUCCUCAAGAGGCAGCUGAUAAAGGAGUCAAUGAUACUAUAUCUGGGUGGAUAUUUGGUGUGUUUGCCUUAAGUCAGGUUGUGUUUUCUCCCUUGUUUGGAAAAUUGCUUCCUUAUGUGGGAAUUAAAUUCAUGUACUUAUCAGGGUUGUUCUUGAGUGGAGGAUGCACUCUGUUAUUUGGUGCUAUGGCCUUUGUUCCCGUGGAUAACGGCCCCUUGACCUUCGUGGUGCUGUGUUUCCUGCUCCGGAUAUUCCUCUCUGUCGGAUGCACUGCCCUCAAUACAUCCUGCUUUACUCUUUGUGCCAAAGAAUUUCCAGACUACAUUGCCACAGUUUUUGGCAUUGGUGAGGUGUUUGUUGGGGUGGGUUUUAUGUCAGGCCCAGCCAUUGGUGGAGUCCUCUAUGGGCUAGGUGGAUUUUUCACUCCUUUCCUAGUGAUUGGCAUUCUUAUUCUGCUGUGUGUGCCUGUUAACUAUAUUGUUCUACCUCAAGAUGAAAAUUUCCAGCCAUCUGAGUCUAAAACUAGCAGUUUUGUUCUGCUUAAGUCUCCUUCCAUUAUCAUUGCCUCCCUUGGGAUCAUUGUGGCCUCCUUAAUCUGGUCCAUAUUGGACCCAACCCUGGAGCCUCAUUUACGUGAAUUUGACCUUGGUCCAGAGUUAAUUGGAGUUCUGUUCUUAGUCAUGUCUGCAUUUUAUGCCAUAUCCUCACCUAUCUGGGGCUGGGUUGCUGACAGAUGUCCAGACAACAGGCUGUUGAUGAUUCCUGGCUUCCUGUUCUCAGCUGUUGGCAUGCUACUUCUUGGCCCAUCCUCACUUCUUGGUUUUGAUGAGGAUUACAAUGAGCUAUGGUUGAAUAUUGUAGCUUUAAUAAUACUGGGGAUAUCAGCAAGUCUGGCAUUAAUUCCAACUUUUGACAUCUACAUUGAAUUCUCAGAAGAGCUGGGGUUUGAGGAGGAUGUUAAUACAUACAGUUUAGUGGCAGGCUUAUGGGGGUCUAUGUAUGCGUUUGGAGAUUUCAUCGGACCUUCCCUAGGUGGCACUUUGCUGGAUGUAGUGGGCUUUCAAUGGUGCUGCACAAUUACUGCUAUUUGUUGUUUAAUCAUGAUUCCAUUGCUGUUUUUCAAUUUCGUCUAUGACCGAUGCAGGAAGAGAUCUGUCAAAAAGUCUGUCCCAGACAGCAAAGAGGAGCAGACCAAGUUACUGGGUGACAGUCUGGCAGUAGAGACCGUUGGGGACUACAUGGCAUCGUACCCUCCCCUAUCAGCCACUCAGGUCUGAUGUCAAAGUGCAAACUCAAUUUGUGCAAUGCUGUUGGGGUAAAAAAAAUAGUGUCAAUCAAAAUGCUAGUCUUUAUUGAGAUAUUGAGAAAGUCUUUUUUUUUUUAAUUAUGGAUAUUAAAUUGUGAAGAUAAAUGGCAAUUCAACAAAUGUAUUUCACAGUACAUGAACAAAUUUAAUUUUCAUCAGAAAGUGGAUUUUGAUUGUAUAUGGAUUUUAAUGGCGCCCCCCCUCCCCCACGUUUUUGCGCUGCAAAAGUUUUUGUUUUAAAUUUACUCACAAAAAAUUGAAUUAACAACAUGUAGUUGGCGCCCCCCCUCCCCCCUCCACUUUUAUGGGGCCAUGUAAAAAAAUGAUUUCAAAAUAAGUAAAUGAACAGUGAAAUUGAAGUGAAAGCUAUAUACACCCUCCCCCCUCCCCCGGAUUAGGAUUUCUCAAAUCUGACAGUACGGCGCAUCUUAUCAAAAAACCGACUUGAAAAAAUUUCGGAUCGGGUUCGGUAUCUUUAUACUAUUAAUGUUUGUAUAAACUUUCAGAAAAUUACAAAGUUCUCCAUGAAAUAAAUCUAAUUAUUUCAUUUCGUAUAACCUUUAUACUACUCAUGUACCGGUAUGUAUAAACUUUCAGAAAAUUACAAAGUUCUCCAUGAAAUUUCAUUAAUAUUAAUAAUUACGUAUAACCUAUCACAUAUUUACACCGCAACGUGUUACGGGGCUCAGCCUUCUAUACUAUUACACAUGCGUAUUUACUGUAAACAAAACACAUGCAGGGCUUGUAAAGAUUCUCCUGGACAUGUUUGUUGAUAUAAAUAUGUCUUUUCUACUCCUCCCAGGUAAUAAUUAAUAAGCAUGAUUUUUCGUGUUUAUCAUAGGAGCCGCUACAACCUAAAUUCAUUUUUGUAUAUGAGGCCCCUUGAGGGGUUAUUUGACAUAUUUAUGUCUGUUCAUUUUAAAAUGAACCGAAAUUGGUAAACCAUUUAUAAAUUAUCAAGUAAGUGAGGAUGUGUUCCGUUUAGAGAGUCCCUUUAACCUCUUAUACCAUGAUGACCGUAGUCGGACGAAGAUCUUGUUUUUUUCAGCUCGUCAUUAACUGUCAAUCAAAGUCCACGUGGUACAAAUAAACGAUAUAAGAUUACUUUGGUUUGUACGACCCUUAAAUUUCCGGAAGCUCAUAACUACCGGUACGUUAAUUAAGUAUGUGAAAUAUAUUUUAUGCAUUUCAACUAUUACAAUCAACGUUAUUUCUUACUUCCUAACGAUACAAUGGGUAAAUCUGAAGUUAUUCACACGUGUUUUCAGCUGUACUGUCUCUUUAAAUCUUGGUUGUAAGAGAAAUAUUACAUACGUAUAAAGAAGUUAGUACACAUUGGCAAUAAAAGUAGUAUUAUGUUCAUGGUAAACUGUUUUAUUAUUUUUUUUUAAUUUUUAGCAGUAUUGUUCAUGAUAUGCCAUAGGUAUUUAUAUUAAAUUUAAAAGUGAUAAAUGUGAAUAAAAAGAAAUGGUUAUUUUAUGUUUUAUGUGAUUCUAAUACAUUUGUGAUCAAGUAUAAGUUGCUUCAAUAUAAACUCCUUAAGCUAUUGUAUAUUGUCUCUCUGCAGCCAUCUUAUGAUGUACAUCACUCAAAAAAUUGCAGAAUGCAGUAUUUUAGUGUACAUGUACUGAUGGCAGAUGCACACAAACCUAAAUAUUUCUUUAUAAAAUAUAAGGCAUUGUACACUUGUCGUUUCAACAUCCAGGGUGCGGGGGAUAUUCUACAGGCAUUGUACAUCCCUGUUCUUUGACUCAUAUUGUGUUCUUUGUUAUUAUUUCUGUCGUUUAAUAGGAAUAAAUACACAAUUUUACAAAUUAACAUAAAAAUUAAUGUAAAACUACAGCUUAUUUGGAGUUGAUUUUAAUCAACUCUCCUAUGCAGUUACUCAGACAAACCGAAAGUGAAACAGUGUUUGGACCUCAGCACAAAUCAUUGCUGCUGACAAGACUUAGUUCUUGAAAAUAACUGAUAAAUUCGAUGUAAUGUAUGCUUAAGCAUCGUUUUUCAAGGAAAAUUAUUUAUAAAUACCUUGAAAAUAGUCAGAUUUUAAAUGGUACGAGCAAUUUAAAUAUUUUUCGUAGUCUAUGUAUUCCUAGAGUUCAAUAUAGUCUCGUUCAACUCGACGCUCGGCUGUCUCCGUAAAUACUUGUCGGAGAUUUACGGUGUCAGCCGAGCGUUUGGUUGAACGAGACUAGAGUUCAAUAUUGCUUGUAUCCAUACAAUUUUCGAGAAAUAUUUCUAUUACUAUACAUAGUUUGAUUGAAUUAAUUUUAUCUUUAAAUAUUAUUUAACAUGAUUCAUAUGGGGGUUGUUUCUCGACAUUCUUGUCGAAAAAGUCAAAAAAUUCAUAUUAUAAAAAUAUGCGUAAUUCAAAUUAUAAACUACAUGUACUUGUCAUGCAAAAUAACAUAUCAUUGAUUUUAAAAUAAAUAAACAUCGACAAAAUCAACUCCCGUCAGUUCUUCAGUACUUUGAUACCAAUUUGCAAGUAUAAGAUGAUAAAAUCAAUUUGUUGUACUAUACACUAAAAUUUUGUAAUACUUCCUGACAAGCAAAUCUUAAUCUGGAAAGUCACAAUUGCUGACCUCCAACUUUGUUUUUUGAUUAAAGAUUUGAACAAAAUGUCUUUCAUUUAGUUAAAAGCUGUUAUGUUUAUAAUACAAACGCAACUGUAUAUGUUAUUAUUCAUUACAAGAGUAACAGAGUAGCAAUUCAAAAAGUGCCAUUUUAAUACAUGUGUCUGUAUCUAUUUGUAUGAAAAAUGCUUGUCGGAUAUAUUGUUUUAUAUAGUUAAGAUACAAAUAAAAAUGUUAGAGUACAGAACUGGUUAUACAUGUAUCUGAUAUCUUCCAAAGAUUAAGAAAUAAUUAAUGAAUGAACAAAUAUUGAUCUAUUAAAAUUGUAUGUUCCUUCUAUUUUAAGAAUUGUUAUCUGUGUCAAAAUUAUUUACGAUAUGAAUUUUAUAUAUACCAUUCUAUUUUUGUAUGAAGUUCAAAAAGUGUUUUGGGCAUUUGUGAAAAAAGAAAGCUUCUGUAAACAGUUGGCUUGGUAAAUAUGUUGUAGCUCAUUUUAAGAAAGAUUUCAACAAAAUUCUUGUUAAUAGUCAGCAAUAAAACUAGUAUUUAUAUGUAUUAUUAAACAUCAAUCUUUCAGACAUCUAUUGAUUUCGAAUAAUGAGUCAUACAUAAAAAAUUUCACUUUUCAAGACAAAUAAUAGCAUCACAAGAAAAUAUAAGGAUUAAAACAACAAUGAUAAUAAAAAAGACUUUGCAUUUUUAUAGAUAAGCCACCAUACCUUUGAUUAGAAAUAUUAUAAAAAGAGUUUUACUAUUAUUUAUUUUUUAUUAUUAUCUAGUAGCUGGCUUUCAUUGGAGAUUAAGUAGUUUUUUAUGCCUACUGCUAAGAAAAUAUACAUGUACAUGUAGACCAAGGCUGAAAAGUGCUUGCGUCAAGUUCUAAUUGACUUCACCUUUUGAUACUUACAUUUCUAUUUAAAAUAUUUAUAUCCAUGUAUAUUUUAUUCUUUAAUAGAGUGGCAAUGUGAAAUAUCUUCACAUGAAAGUGUUUUUUAGCUAUAAACACAACUUUUUUUUCCAAGUCGAUUAUUGAUGCUCAAAGUUUUUGAAAGCAAAUAAAUGUAAAUACAAGUGUAUGAAUGUAUACAUUUGGUUGGAAUACAGUCUUACAAUAAUCCCAAAUUGAAUGUGAUGAGUACCAUUCCUUACAUAAAUACUCCUUUAGUUGAUGUAUAAUACAUAUAUUUUAAAUGCAUAAAUUAAUGUACUGUAACAAUACAUAUGUAGAUGCAUAAAUUAAUGUAAGUUCCAAGGAACAGCAUUUACAAAUGUUUAUAAUUAUGCAAAUCAGGCUUAUUUCCAUCUUAUUUAUGUAACAUUUUUAACAGUUUACACAUAUAUUUGAUUCAAAAGGAAGGAUAUUUGUAAACAUAAUAGAUAUUUAUGCAUAUUACCAAAUGAUGGGGUUUUUUUAAUAUUCAAUAAAUGAACAAUGUUUCAAGCAGUGAAAGCA